UUCACCCGUACCCAAGAAAGGCGGUAGUUCCGCAACAAGUUUUUCUGUUGUUGGUUCCGUAAUUUUCUGUUUAUAUUUUACUUUUUUUUUUUUACCUGAUAAGAAACAUGGAUGCUUAUAUUAAUCUAAAACUGAAAGAAAACGCAGAAAUAUACAGAAAUUCUCUCGAAAGGAUCGUUGAAAAAUACUCAAACGUGGACGGAUCGGGGGUGGAGGUGUGUUUGCAGUCCAUGACCUACCAGACAGCUGAAGGUAUUGUUCCCUGGGAUUCAGUACAUAUAGGAAAAAGAAAAAAGUCGUUAAAGAAGGUGGAUGAUUCAUGGAUGCCAGCUCAAGAGAGAGGUAAAGGGAGCACUGGCAAUACCCAGCUGGAGGUCUCCAGACGGUGUGACGAGCUGCUGUUUUCGAUGGACACCUCUGCGGGGACGUGCGCUGAGAGCGUUCUCUGGGAUUCCGGAGUGAAUAGCUCACAGCUCCUCUCCAGCUCCAUGAGCGAUUCAUGGUGCAGCCAGCAGGGGGCGCCGACCCAACCGGAGGACCACGAUGAGGAGCUGGAGCGCACACUCAGCAGUCAGGGCAGCACCCUGCUGGACCUGUAUCCCAGCAUGCUCAGCCAGAUGGGGGAGGCCUGCCGGCGGCAGCAGGUGGCGGAGGCGGGCGACGCCGUGCUGAAGCGAUACCGACGUGGCUGGUUCUCCAGGACCCAUAAGCCUGCUCCCGGGAACAGAAGCGGGAGAAAGCGCCACACUGCCUAUGUGAUGGAUAACAGCGCCCCCUCUUGCCAGGAGAACGUCCCUCCUUCUCUCCUGCAUGUUAGCCGAAGGAUAAGUUCCUUCUCACCCCACCGUCAUGCCGUUAAAAUAUCUGUCUCCAGUCCCCCACCACCGGAGCAAGCUGCCUUCGGCAUCCAAGUCAACUCCUGCAGUAGCAGGAAAAGAGGACAGACACCCCCCCAGCGAGAUUUAUCCCCUAUAUGGGACUCAGAUUCAGAGGGUGCCUCAGUAGCUGUCUCCGCCCCACAUCACUCUGAGGGUCCUCCACUAGGUACAGGCCCUUUGGUGACUGGAGACCCCAGGUCCAAACCGCCCCCCAGGUCCACACCAACUCCAGCUCCAGCUUGGCUCGAAGUCUGCCUCCCUACCCCUUCACACCAAGUGCACACGAGUAGCUUGCUCUUCAAUUUUCAGCUCGGCGACCGCUCCAUGCGCCAGUGGAUCGACCAGGAGUUUCAGAAGCUGUACCACAGGAUGUUGGGUGGGAACAGACCCACUCCGCGCGUCUCUGCCACCGUGGCCACGCCACCCAGGUGGAGCAGGCUGCCACGGCCGUCCUCCUCCUCCUCCUCCUCGCUUGCAGCACUCGCCCUCUCUCCUGCUGGAACCUGGGCCAGGAAGCGGAUUCGCGAAGUGUCUCCCGAACCGUUGCCGGGGUCCAAGCGCUUCCGAGGGGGAGGGCCAGGGGCAGGGGGCCGCCCAGCAGAGCGUCAUCACUGCAGCAGCCUGGGCCUCCUGCCCGGCUCUCCUGCAGCGUACGCCCGCAGCCCUCCCCCUCGCAAAGGACUCCAGCUUCAGAUCCCCCAUGAGGGCGUGUCCGAGACCAGCUUCUAUUCCAGCUUCCCAUCUCAGAGAGAUGAACAUGCCAUUCUGACAGACAUUACAGGAAAUUCUACAGACACAAAUUCCAGCUCAUCUCCCAUCAGCGUAAAACCGAAGGCAGGCUCUCACAGUCUCUCUCGAAAGCGACUGCUCUACUCUGUACCCUAGCGCUUCUCCGAAGGCCUGGAUUUAACCAACGGCAGCAGUGUCGUCAUGCUGCUCCAGCAUCCCCACACACCCAGCCUGUCCUUGUGAUGUUUUUACAUUGUCCCCAUAUACUCUUUGUUGCGACAUUUGUCAUUUACCCCAAGAGUGUUUUGAGAUGUUUAUUAAAGCCACAUUGUUUGGA